UUUGUUCCUGCCAAUCUACUGCUCCACACUCCAACGAUCUGAAUCUGCUUUAAACGUAUGUUCCAUGAACGCAUCACGCAAGAACCCGGAAGCGUGUCGUCAUUAGCAACAACAAACCCACCUGCCUUAAAUGACAGCGGCGCUCAGGCGGCUCACUGUUGUUGUUCCUCUUUGACAGCUGGUUAGAGGCAGUUUGGCAGCAUUACACGAAUAAACGGGCAAGUGUAAGCUCAUAUACUUAAUUCUACCCGUUGUGUGCUCUGUGUUUAUCUGAACCAUUUAUCGGUUGCUGUUUUUCAGCCGUUACUUUAGCUUCUCUUAGCUAGCAGUCAGAGACAUGAUGGCAUGUGUGUGAAUGAAGAAGCUCUUCCUCAUUGCAGUGCACCAAAAAAGGGGCAGUUCUGCUUUCAGUGUUCUGCUGACCUAGUUGGAUGAUAAACCCUCAGAGACUUUCCGUAAACGGCUCCCAGACUGCUAUGGAGCCGCACAUGGCGGCUAUGGGCUGUAUGAACAUCGGCAGUCUGACCAGCACCUUGCCGGUGAUCCCCUACCAGAAGCUCACCGACCUGUACUACCUGAGCAGAGGCGGCUUCGGCACCGUGUUCAAGGCGCAGCACUCCGACUGGAGGACCACUGUGGCCAUCAAGUGCCUGAAACUCGACUGUCCUGUUGGAGAAAGAGAGAGGAACUGCCUGCUGAAGGAGGCCGAGGUGCUCCACAAAGCCAGGUUCAACUACAUCAUCCAGAUAUUCGGGAUCUGCAACGAGCCAGAGUUUUUCUGCAUAGUCACCGAGUUUAUGAGCAAUGGCUCUCUGGACCUGUUGCUCCACGAGAAGGACAUGUACCCCGGGCUUGCCUGGCCUUUGCGACUGAGGAUCCUGUAUGAGAUUGCCCUGGGGGUUAACUUCCUUCACAACAUGAACCCUCCCCUCUUACAUCAUGACCUAAAGACGCAGAACAUACUGUUGGAUGGGGAAUUUCACGUUAAGAUCGCUGACUUUGGCCUUUCAAAGUGGCGGCAGCUGUCCGUCAGUAAAGGCUCGGGGUCCAAGCCCACAGAGAUGGGGGGCACAGUGAUCUACAUGCCCCCUGAGAAGUACGAACCAUCCAAAAGCCGCCGGGCUGAUGUGAAACACGACAUGUACAGCUAUGCCAUCAUUAUGUGGGAAGUGCUGUCCAGGCAGAUUCCAUUUGAAGAGGUGACCAACCCCAUGCAGAUCAUGUUCAGUGUGCUGCGUGGGAUGCGUCCUGACAUCACUCUGGACAGUCUGCCUGCUGACAUCCCCAGCAGAGGAACCCUCAUUCAUUUAAUGACCUCCGGCUGGACCUCUAACCCUGAUGAACGGCCUUCCUUCCUCAAGUGUUUGAUUGACCUGGAGCCCAUGGUGAGGACGUUUGACGAAAUUGACUUCCUGGAGGCCGUGUUGGAGAUCAAGAGAUCAAAGUUGAUGCGGACAUCAGGCUGUUGUUCAGCCCAGACAGUGAGUGAGAAGAGGAGUGACGAAGGAUCCCUGAAUAUGCUGAAGGACAGGCCGUGCCCCUGGCCGGAGAGCUCCACCUCAGGCUCAGGCUCCUGUUCGUCCCAGGACACAGACAUAUCUCUACCAGGUGCCCUCACCAGCAGCAAUGCUGCACCUUCUAAAGACGGGCUUCCGUCGUCAUUUUUAGUUCAUAGUCUGGAGCCUCCUGAGUCUUUGAAGGACCACUGCGCAGUCAACAAUCUGAACGGCUACCAGAGUGCGAGGCCCAUGAAUGAUUUGAACAUACCCAACAAACCGGGCCUGCCCGUCACUGAAUAUGAGACACAGCUGGAAAACCUCACCCUAAAACCUCAGCCUCGGCAACAAGGAGCAGAUUACUCUCCUCCGCUGCGGCACUCUCCUCCGCUGCGGCACUCUCCUCCGCUGCAGCACUCUCCUCCGCUGUGGGACUCCCCUCCCUCACAAGGCCCGAUCGCCCAGUGGAUAGCGUCACGGCGCGAGGAGAUCGUCGCCCAGAUGACAGAGGCCUGUCUGAACCAGAGCUUGGACGCCCUGCUGUCCAAACGCAUGCUGAUGCAGGAGGAUUACGAGCUGGUGGUGACCCAGACCACGCGCACCGCCAAGGUCCGCCAGCUCCUGGACAACUGUCACCGACACACCGAAGACUUCUGCCACAUCGUCGUCCGCAAGCUGCACGACAACAAGCAAAAUGGCCUGAAGCCGUACCCGCCUGAGAUCAGCUCCCCUACCCUCGCCCCCAGCGCACCGCCGCUGUCCAUGUCCUACAUGUAGCAGCAGUCACAGCUCAACAAUGGAAACAACUUUACACUACACUUAAGUCUUACUGGUUCCGCUGUUGUCAAGAUGGUCACCGUGGUUCCCGUCAGUCUGUCCCUCAAAGAGACUGAGGGCUGGGUGAGCAAAAAGAGUCACAAUUACAAAACUAAGCUAUUGGCUUUGAAGAAUAUCCACUCACAAGAGACAAAAGGUUUUAUUCUGUAAAAUCAGAAUCAACAAGAUUUUAUUUAACAAUGUUAAUAAGGUGAUUUAUUUAUAGUCCUUUCAUUCUGAGUGGAUGUAUCGCAGGGUUUCUCUCCUUUUGGUACGUUAUGCUUUUGUUCCAAAGCUCAGUUACCAUUAUGUGAAAGUGUAAUUAUGUAGCCCAGUAUGUAUGUGUGUGUGUGUGUGUGUGAGCGUGUAUGUAUCCUUAUUUGUAGAAAACAAACAUCCUCGAUACACUCAGUUGAACUGAGUAAAUGACAGGAGGACUGUUAACGUGCUGGAAAACCUGCAGCAAAAAUAAGGUUUAUUAUUCCUAUUAAAGCAAUCUUAAUAGUAAGUAUGAGUAUUAUGUAGUCAUGGGUGAACUACAAUAAAGUGAAGUGAAGUGAAGUGAGCGAGUAUGUGGCCCUCACGGUGUCGUUGUAUUGAAGCACAUGACCUAUAUUCAAUCAGUGACGAAACGCACAGUAAAGUAGUGUGCAAGCACGACUUCAGAGCCAAGGAUGUGCUACUACUGUAUGUGGUCUUAGACGAAGUGUUGGAAUGAGUUGUGAUUUUGGUAGACUGCGGCCAUGUGACAAUAUGGAAAGUUUUUGUCCCUGCCUGGGCUCUUGUUCCUACCCCUUUUUUUUUCUUUUUUUUUUUUUACUGCUGAGCUAAAGAGUCCUUGGAGAAAAGAGGAAGUUGAGAUUGAAAUAUAACACUCAGAAUGAGAGGGAUGCGUGUGUGUCUGCAUGCCUGUGUCUAGUUUAAAAGUGGACCAAAGUGAUCUGAUUUCUUUUGGUCUUCUCAGUAGUGGCCUCACCACUCAGUAUUCUUAAUGUUCACUUUAGAGACAUCUGGAUACUUCCAGAGUCACAGAUGUAUCCACGAUCCUGCUGAGCUGCUCUGCACAACUGCAACACAUGAACGGAGAAGAUCCAACCUGCUUUUGCUUGUAGCAACCUUUAGUUUACCUGCUUUAUACAGUUUAUCACUCUUGACUCAUACAGAUUUUUCUACUGUAGCUGUGCUUCCUAAUCUGCUCAGUAACACCUGUUUAUAAAACACUUUUCUCAUAUACAGAGAUACAGUAACAUUCAACAAGGCGUAAUCCUGUUAAAUGCAAGAAAAUAGACAUAUUCACAUGAAGGCAGUAGCACCAGUUUGUCUGUAUAAGUGAUACAGUUUUGUUGUUACUUCAUUUAUUCAUACAUAUAGCAGCAUAUAUGUUCUUUGUGCCAAAAUGCGUUGUAGUUAAGAAACAAAUAAUUUCUGUUCCCAUGACACAGUUGUUACUUCAAUCCUCCUUAUAGCCAUGUUUGUAUAUGUGUGUGUAAUAGGACGGUUAUUUUCAUUAUCGAUUAAUUCGAUGAUUAUUUUCUUGAGUAAUCGUUUGGUCUGUAAAAUGGUUGAAAAUGCUGUUUACAUCUUCACAUUUUGUCCAAAACCCAAACAUAUUCAGUUUAUUAUCAUAUAUUCACAUUUGAGAAGCUGGAACCAGUGGAUUUAAAAAAAUAUAUUUGUUUAAAAAUAACAACAGAUUAAUCGAUUUAUCAAAUAUUUGCAGAUUAAUUUAUUGUCUAUUGACAAAUCGAUUUAUCGACUGAUCGUUUCAAGUAUGCAUCUUAUUAAGCACCUUACUGUCUUCAUCACUGCCUUCACUUUCCUAAAAAUGGGUGCUUAAAUGACAGUAUUGUAGCUGUGUCAUAUACUGUCUGUACAUCCACAAAUUCACCACAGAAUAAGCUUUGUUUUGUUCCGCAUCAUUACAGGAUGAUGGGGAACAACACAAAGGUUAAUGCAGUUCAAUAAAAAAACACAGUGGGAAAUGAACCACAGCAGGUCAUUCUUAGUAAGACGCAUUGUAACAAGAAAUCGUACACAAUUAAAUCAUUUAAAUGACAACAGGAAGGCCAAGCAAGGUCGAUACGUUUCCAUAAUGUUGGACUUGUAUGGCCUCGUCUUUGAUAACUGUGCCUCAUAUAUUCUGCUUUUGGUCUCAACUAUAGCAAUGUGCAAAAGCCUUUUACACAUAUCAAGAAACGUUGAGUAAAAAGGAUACAAAUUUGAUAGCUUAAAUAUGUUGUAACAUAUUUUGUACUGUAGAUGAUAGUUUCAUCUUUUAUAUAUAUAUAUUUUCAUUUGUGAUCUCUUGUUAAAAACAUACAUCGUUUAUGUUAAGUGAUGAUUUGAUAUUUGUAGAAUCGCCUUCUGCAAAAUGUCGGCCUAAUUUAGUGUCCAUGUCAUUAUGAUUGUCAGUUGGUCAGACAAUAAUAUAAUGUGUUACAUGACGUUCGGUUGAUGUGUAGCUGUGGUUUCGACAGGAUUUUUCAUAUAUUGUAUCAAUCUCUUCAUUAAAAUUGGAUACUCUGUUUUUA